CUUUACCCACAAUUCUGAUUGAGUGAGAUAAAUUUGUUGUCACAAAUAAAUGCACCUAAUCUUGGUUAUAUCUCUUAACCUGCGCACAACCACCAUGUUAGCCAGAAGAUUUGGCCGCACGGUCAACCGUUUUGUCCGAUGGAAAACGACUUAUGUGAAUUCUCCCAUAACAUACAAGGCUUUGCAUGCGAAUGCACCUUUACCUCGAUGCCGUAUCAUUGAGCCUCCUCGUGCUACGGUUCCUGAGGCCGUUUCUAAUAUUAUUGUCUCCACCCCCUUCAAUCGCAUUCCCAAACCCCAGCGUCAUGUCUUUAACUGCCUUGUACAAAAUGAACCUGGUGUUCUUUCUCGUCUUUCUGGUAUUUUGGCUGCCCGUGGCUUUAACAUUGACUCCUUGGUCGUUUGUGCUACUGAAGUCGAAAAUCUUUCCCGCAUGACCAUUGUAAUUCGAGGAAAUGAUGAAGUUGUUGAGCAAGCAAGACGCCAAAUUGAAGAUAUUGUUUCGGUUUGGGCUGUUUUGGACUAUACUGGUACUGAUAUUGUCGAGCGUGAAUUACUUUUGGCCAAAGUAUCCCUCUUGGGCCCCGACCACUUCCAACAGCACUUUGAAAGAGAUGCUUCUCCUGUUGAAGAGGUUGAAAAGCCGACUUCCUCCGUUAGUGAUACCAUGAGUGCAACUGCUGCUUUGCAACUUAGAGCAAACCAGCUUUCUGCCAUCAAUCAAGUUACUCAGCUCUUCAACGGUCGUGUUUCAGACAUCUCUACUGAAAGUCUUAUAAUUGAAUUGACUGAUGGCCCUGAUCGUAUUGAUAACUUCUUGUCUUUACUUCGUCCUUUCGGUGUGUUGGAAGCCAGUCGUACAGGUACCACUGCCAUGGCACGCUCUCCUCUUUCCAACGCCAUACCAGAGAAAGUAGAAGAAGAUAAGGAUAACGAUGAUGUUUUCGACUUGCCUCCAGGCUAAACAAUGAAUAUGCUCUGCUAGGGGUAACCAUUUCUCUUUUGCAUUCUUAUCCUUCUUUAAUUCUUUUUGACUGUUCAUAUUAUGAAGCAGAUUAGUUUUGAAUUUGUGUCCUAUACUAAUCUAUGGUGGUGGUACAUAUAUAUUUUGGCUCACAAAAUUUUACGACAAUAUCAAGUUUGUUUUGGAACCUGAAAAUGUUUCCAUAUGAAUAGGAAAUAAUUGUGAUAAGCGGCUUAGAACUUGUAUGUUUGUUAUUUAAUGAAUCAUAAAAUGUAACUGAUUAUUUAAAUAUGAAAGCCAACCACUUAGAGGAAGGGG